GGGCUGGGUGGUUUGUUGGUUGUUUGCAUUUAGCCGGUAGUUGGCUGGUUAGUUAGUGAUUGGCUAUAAUUCUUUUACUCUCACGUUUGUUGAUACCUCCUGUCUAUAUGUUGUUGUCAUAUAUUUCUUGAUCCCUUUUGAAAACAAUAGGCUGUCGUAGUCCAUCUUUAUGUUGGCUCUUACAAGCACAACUCGUAUUGUCUUGGUUUUGAUUGAUUAUCCCCCCUCAUAGUUCUCCAAUUCCUUGCAAUUGUAAUAUAGAUGUUUACAUGACUAAAACUCUUAGUUGUGCAAGAAAUUGGAGGGAGUAAAGUUUGUUGGGGGAUUGGUACCCGAUUUAUAUUUUUGCAUCAGGCAUGAUCUUUUCUUUGACAAACAACUCUCUGGAUGUCCAUUGUCUGUGGGGGGUCAUUGGUCUUAAUCAAUGUGCAUAUUUUGUUCCUGCUCUUGGUUGUGUCGUUUUGCAUCUUGGACUGAACCGUAGGUGUUGAUGAGGGUGAGGACUAGUUUCAUUACUCCUUUCCUUCCUUUCUACUACAAAAGUUCUAAGUUAUUAUUAAUACAUGUUGGUGAAUAUGGGUUUAGACCAGGCAAGGUAAACUGUAGGAGGAAGAAUCUCUUUGAGUUCCAACUAGUGCAUAAUUUCCUGUUAAUGGACUAAUUGUCAAAACAAUCAACUUAACCCGACCGGCUCUGACAUAGUCGGUAAAGCAGUCUAGGUUCCUACAUUUUUGUCUGUUUCCCUGAUAAUAUUGUAUUUAUGCUUCUAUUACUUGGUGUUUAAUAUUCUGUACAUUUACAUUUUUCUUCAUAAGCAGAGCUAUUUGGCUUAUCUAUUCAUUAAAUUAAAUUUAAACGCUUGUAAUUUUGUUGGUCUUAGAUUCUUUAUGUUUAGUUUCGACUAAAUGUUAGGUUGAACAAGUUAGUUGAGUGAUGAAAUGUGCCUUGAAAAAAAGAGAUGACAGGUGCCAAGUCAUAAUUGGGAGAGGAUUCUGGUGUAAAAUUAUGACAUUGGAGGCUUGUACUGUUGUAUAUAUACACUUUGAGGAACUUAGCCAACAAUAUGGACCAGGUUCAUUUUUUUGCAGCCAAAGAUUCCUUUGCUUAUAUGCAAAAGAUCUCCGUGUUUCUGUCUACAGAGUACAAUAAUUCUCCAUUUCUUUACCAUUAUUGGAGAUUCAAUAAACCUUUUUUUUUUCACAAAAAAGAAGAAGAAAAGGAUGGAGAAAGGGAAGAUUUGUACAGGAAAAAUAGAGGAUCAAUUCCAUGUUAUACACAAGGUUCCUGCUGGGGAUGGUCCUUAUGGUCGAGCUAAGCAUGCUCAGUUAGUAGAGAAAGACCCAGAAGCAGCAAUAAUUUGGUUCUGGAAGGCCAUAAAUGCAAGGGACAGAGUAGAUAGUGCUCUCAAGGACAUGGCAGUGGUGAUGAAGCAAGUAGAUAGAACUGAAGAAGCCAUUGAAGCUGUCAAGUCCUUUAGAAGCCUUUGCUCCAAGCAAGCUCAAGAUUCACUAGACAAUGUCCUCCUUGACUUGUACAAGAAAAGUGGGAAAGUAGACGAGCAAAUAGAGUUGAUAAAGAGAAAGCUGAGGUUGAUAUACCAAGGAGAGGCCUUCAAUGGAAAACCCACAAGGACUGCUCGCUCUCAUGGCAAGAAAUUUCAAGUUUCUGUUAAGCAAGAAACGGCAAGAUUGCUGGGAAACCUGGGCUGGGCCUACAUGAAGAAAUCAAACUACGUUGCAGCUGAGGUAGUUUACAAGAAGGCCCAGAUGGUUGAUCCUGACGCAAACAAGGCCUGUAACUUGGGUCUUUGUUUGAUCAAGCAGGCCCGUUAUGAUGAGGCCCGUUCGAUUCUCCUACAUGUAUUGCAAGGCUAUCUUCCGGGCUCUGAUGAAUGUAGAACAACAAAACGGGCCGAAGAAUUGCUUAUGGAGGCGGAACCAAGGCGGCCCAAUCUUGAGGAGUUGGACCCUUUGAGCCUCAGCUUGGACGAUGAUUUUGUAAAUGGGCUUGAAGAGUUGAUGAAGGAAUGGGCCCCGUCCAGAUCAAAAAGGCUUCCCAUAUUUGAAGAGAUAGAAGGGUUCAGAGACCAGUUGACUUGUUAAUAUCAGUAAAUCUUUUUUUUUCUUUUCCCCUCAACUUGUGAAUAUGUUUGUUUGUGUGGUUGGUUGUAUUGUGUGGAAUGGAUUACACAAGCUAAUCCAUCAAUAAUAUCAAAUUUUCAAUAAGAAUUCUGCUUUUGUAAUUGGUUAUAACUACUUAUUUUGAGGCAUUAUAAUUACUCUACUCCUC